UGUAGGUCUGCCUUUUCUCAAUGCAGCACUACAUGACCCGCGGAAGUUGGUUUGUAAAGUGAGAGAUAUGAUGUUAUUUAGCGUCAAAACAGUUUGAAAAGCGUCGAUAGUUUCCCGUGGUAUUGCUGGACGUCUAGGUUACUCUUUUGCAGAAGCAGACGGACUAUAAAAAAUCUGUUGGAUCAACAUGUUGGAGUGCGGCAUGCUGGAGCAGGACAGGCGGGCUCUGCGGAAACGCUCUGCUGUUCUGUGUAAGCAGCUGGUGGUGGACGAGCUGCUCAUUCAGUCCUUACAGGCAGAAGAAAUCCUGACAGAGAGCAUGGCAGAGAGCAUCAUGGCCGAGCAAACAUCUCACAAACGAAGCUGGCGUUUACUUCUAGUUUUACCAAAGCGAGGACCAAGAGCAUUCAGCAGCUUCUGCUCAGCCUUGCAAGAAACUGAGCAGCAUCACCUGUGUGACCUGCUCACACGAUCACCAGAAAAAGAUGGAAAAGAGACACGUGAUGAGAGAAUUCAGCCUGAGGAAAAGCCAGAGAGAGAGGCAGGUCAACUGGUAAAGCAGACAACAGAGAAGAAGAGAGAGACAUCGUCAGUAGACGGUGAGGAAAGCAGUGACGUUAGCAGCACGUCCUCAUGCCUGCCAUCAGACUCCACAUUCAGAGGGUUGAUAGUCCAAGUCAGGGAUGAAGACAGGGAAAGAGAAGGACAGAAGACAAAGAAAAGAGGAAGAUGCAUGAAGACAGAUAGGUUAUGGGACUCUCCUCUUCCCCUUUCCACCCAAGAGGGAAUUACUGCCAAGAGAGCAAGGACACAGGAGUCCAUGGAGUUUAGUCUGGAUGCAGAUAGUCCCAUAAACACUCCUGUGCUCCCGUGCACGUCUGACUUUUACCUCUCACACUGCCAGCAGUCCUACAGAAUGAAUUCAUCCCCUCGGGGUUUGGCCUUGGUGAUCAGUAAUGUGACCUUUGAUCCUUGUGCUGCACCUGACCUUGACCCGAGGAAGGGAGGCGAAGUGGAUGAUGAGGUUCUCAGGAAGGUCUUCACAGAGCUGGACUACAUGGUUACAGUCCACAGAGACCUCACUGCUCAGGGUAUGAGGACGUGCAUUGAGAACUUUAGUCGACGGCAGGAGCACCGAACAGUUGACAGCUGUGUGGUGUGUCUGCUAUCCCACGGAGUGGAAGGAGCUAUAUAUGGCACAGACGGAGAGCUCAUGCAGCUGGACUGGGUGUUUGAGGCCUUUGACAAUGCACACUGCCCCCUGCUACAGAAUAAGCCAAAGAUGUUUUUCUUUCAGGCCUGCAGAGGAGAGGAAAUGGACUGUGGGGUGGAGCAGAUAGACGGGCCAGUGAGGACCUGCUCACCAAGCUGUGAACAGCGAGAUGCUGGGAGGGAGGGACAAGGGGAUACAGACUCAAGGCAGAGAGGGGACAUGGGUAGACCCAGAAUUAAACUGCCCCAGCGUUCGGACAUGAUCUGCGGAUAUGCAUCCCUCAAAGGUCAGAGAAUCUGCACAGCAGCCAUGCGGAACACAAAGAGAGGAUCCUGGUUCAUUCAGGAAAUUAACACGGCUCUCCGCCUACAUGCCAGAGACACACACGUUGCAGACAUCCUGGUGCAGGUCAACGGACGUAUCAAAGAGCGGGAGGGUUACGCUCCUGGCACCGCCCACCACCGCUGCAAGGAGAUGUCCGAGUUCACCAGCUCAUUGUGCAAAGACCUCUACCUUUUCCCCAAGUACCAGCCUCAGUAUUGACAUGCAAAUAUGCACAUGUACAGACUAACACACAAAGACCAUUCCUUGUAUUAAAGCCUCACUUUAAUGGGAGGGAACAGUUUAUCCCACGCUUUCACUGCCACACACUCGCACAUUCCUGUUACAACAGCACCUCCAGACUGAGGAUUAAUUCAUUCAUAUUUUCUGUUUGAAUAAUGCCUCCUCAAACCACAGACAUGCCCGCAAACUCACCUGAAUAUUGCAACAGAAAAAGCGGCAUGCUUAUGUUAAUCGACAUGGGAAAUGGGCAACGUAUAAGCAACAACUUAAUGUGUGUCUGAAUGUUUGUGUCUAUUCCAGAGCGUCUAUGUCAGGGUUUAAAUGUUAAUCCUUUUAUAUCAAACAGAAUUGUAUUUUUGUUCUCCUUCAGUACAGCUACUUGGAGGUUUUCAAUCUCUUUUUAGAAAUGUAUUUUUUACACAGAUCUAUUUUUGUGGCUUUAUUUUGUAUGAAUUGUUUUUAUAAGCAUUUUAUUCCCAUUCUCUCUAUUGUAUGUAAUGCUUGUAAAAUGUUGUUUUUUAACAUGGUGACAGGCAGGGGGCAGCACAGCAGAGACAAAUGCAUUUUAUCAUCUCUCAUCAUGUAGUUGAUUAUGAUAUUUGCUCUUGUGAUUGCAGGCAUGUUUUAUUUCAGCUAUAACCAGCUGGAGUUGUGGUUAAACUGUAAAGCCUGCAGCAGAUUUUUAUUUGUCCUCAGCUCAUUUUUCCCUUAGUGAGAGGAGAAAUGGCUACAAGGCAGCUUCAAAACAGGAUCUUGAAUUGUGUCUGCCAUUUUUGUUUUUUCACUUUUCCUUGUGGAUGUUCAGUCAGGACUGUUGAUUCAGAACUGUUUUCAUCUGUGUUACUGUAGGUCUGUCCCUGGCAGGGUGGUGGGCUGCCAGGGGAAUGUGGUGCUACUUGUGGGGUCAUACAACUUAGAUAUGAACUCCGACCUUUCCACAAACUCUUGACUGCUAAUAGUCUCUUCCUACGUGGGAGGUGCAUAUUUUUCGACAGUCUCUCUCAUAGUUUUUGUGAUAUUCAACUGUAUGUGUUACAGUAAGGACAACACAUAUAUUUAAUAUGUCUUCCAUUAACAAUAUGCAGUUUUCUACAGCAACCAGUGCCAUGUGAGGAUGAUUAGAUGCAUUUAUGACCAUGGAGCUUUCACAGUAUAUUGUGUCACCCCCUUCACUCCCGACCCCACACAAACUACAAAAUCAAUUUAUCAAGGCUGUGUGAGCAUUGAUGUUUCCCAGAAAAGCCCUGAGCAGGCAAAGUGUGUUUAGUUACAACAGUGUUGCAGUGAGGAAAACAGAAUACAUGGUCGAAACAGUAUCGAUUUUAAACCAUCCGUAAACAAAGACGCUUUUAAGUAAGUGUGAGGAGCUUGUGGAAAAGGUAACCCUUAUUUUGAAGGUGCUUACCCUUAUCCUUGUGGUUUUUGUGAUUGGGAAAUGUAACUUGAAAAAGAAAACCAUUGGAGUGGUAUGAAAGGGUAACUCUCAUGGGACUGAGAAGUUUUGAAGGUUGAUAUUUGUUGCCAAGCUCUGCUGAGGUGCAGUGUGGGGGGCCGGGAGAGAUUUGAUUUCUGUCAACUGAAAUGACUGCCAAAUGUUUUCUACAAUAAACAGGCCUUGAUUUUUUUU